GACCGAUUAAUAAAGCUGCGGCCUUCGACAACCAUCGCUACCGUCGGUGAAGGAAUCCUUUCUUUACUCUUUUUGCUGCCGCUGCUUGCUUCCUCGUCAGUUCUGCCUUCGGUCACCUUCGCGGUGACGCUUCCGUCCCUUUUCAGAGGAGACCGGCGGAAUCAUUAAAGCCCCCUUUUUCUGGAUCACCCUUGAGGGAUUUUCCCAGGACGGGAAGGAGGAAUCCGGGAGCGAUGGUUGGGGGUUCCAAAAUCGGGGCUUCUUGGUGUCCUUUGGCACCAUUUUGAUGGGUUUUAGAGGCUAAAAGAGCCCCGUUUGUGUAUGGUGGUGGCGAGGCGAUUUAGGGUGUGCAUUGUUGUGCUGCUUGCCGGUGAACGGACCAGACCCUUCUAUUCCUUUCGCUAAGUCGCGUUCUGUUUAUUUCUGGUUUUGAAAUUGGUUUGCUAAUCGUGUAUUUGGAUUAUUCUUUACUUGGAUCUAAGUGGACGGGCAAGAAUUGCGGUGUCUCUUAUAAAAAUCUUCGGGUGAGUUUUGAUUUGGGAGGAGGGGCUGAAAAAUUAAAACUCUUAAUUCUUUGAAUCUACCCGGAUGGGCACAGAAAUAAUACGUUUUUGGUAGAAAGAAGAGGCUUCCCUUUGUUGUUCUUUUGUGUGUUUUACAAGGGUUCAGAUGCUACAGAAAUUGAGUGCGGGAAGAAUGAAUGGAUUUGAAGGUGGAUUGUUUGAUGAUUCUGAUGUAGAAGAUGAAUUCCAAAGCUGUUACACAGAAGAUGACGAGUGGCAGGACUCGGAAGAAUCUUUGGCCGAAGGGUCUAAAGAUGAUCUUGAUGAAUUCUCGUUAAGAAUGUUCUUCAAGGGUGUAUCUGCCUCAGAGGGUCAUGGUAAAGGAUCUGGGGUUUCUGGAAUCGGAGUAGUAAUGGAAAGGUCUCCUGGGGUUCCCUUGAUUCAAGUGCAGAAGAAGCUCGAUUUUCAUGUAGAUGAAUUGGUGGCGGAGCACUUGGCAUUAAUGGAUGGUCUUUUGGCAGCUCUCCAGAAUGGUUCUCGAAGGCUCUAUGCAUUCACGGACUCAGAGGACCUCUAUUAUCAAAUUGCAGAAACAGAAAUACUUGAUGACCAGCUUUUGAUAGCUCUAGGGCACAGAAUUUUAGAACUUGCUGAUAAGCUAGAAGACUUUGAUUUGCAACUUGUUUCUAGUUUUGAACUAGAGAGGCCAUUGUGCUUGGCCAAAGAAGCAAUUGGUGACUGGUCAGUUGACAAUUGUCCUAUUUGCGGUGAGGAGAAGCCAAGUUCCAAAAUGAUAAAGAUGAAUUGUUUCCACAAAGUUUGUUCUGAUUGCAUGGUCAUAUAUGUGGAACACAAAUUAAGGACCUCACAGGUCCCUAUAAGGUGCCCACAAGUUAUGUGCAAAAAUAUUAUUUCAACUAGUGAAUGCAAGUCCUUUCUUCCAGUUGCCACUUACGUUUUGCUAGAGAGAUUUUCAAUGGAGGCUGAUACUGAUAAUGGAGAUAGAAUCUUUUGCCCUUUUCGUAACUGUUCAGGGUUACUGAAUCCUGUCUAUUAUUUGUCCUCUAGAGCAAGCUCAUCAGCACAGUCAGACAUCAACCGAAUUGAGUGCCCAGAAUGUCACAGAGAUAUAUGUAUUGGCUGUCAAGUACCAUGGCAUUCUUUAAUGACAUGUGUAGAAUAUCAGAACCUACCUGCAGCAGAGAGAGAUGCAGAGGAUAACAGGUUACAUCACUUGGAACAAAAUACUCGGCGUAGACGCUGCCAGCAGUGCAGUCGAAUGAUUGUGCUCGCUGAUGGGGGCUACCACAUGACCUGCUGGUGUGGGCAGGAAUUCUGCUGCUCCUGUGGUGCUGAAUAUAGGAAUGGGAUUCAGACAUGUCAUUGUGCCUUUUGGGGUGAGAACAACCUGGAACCCUCUGCAACACCUUCUGAUCAAGAAUCGGAACGGUGGACAUGGGAGUCUUUUGAAUCUCUGCCGGCAGUUAUGGAUGAGUAUUCAGAGCAAGAAAGAGCACAACUGGCUAUGAUACAAAGGUUUCUUGCUGGAGGAUUUGGCCCGAGUGACCACCACCUUCCCCCUUCCCGGUCACCCCCUCCAUGUUCUGACUCAUACAUGGAUACCAUGAAAGACCUUCACCAGCUCCCUUGGCUCGAGAGGUUUGUAUCUGUGAUUAGCGAUAGCUACCACGAGGAUUUUCUCCAGUGAAUUUAGUUCAAUAUCCCACUGCACAUUGGUUGUGAUUAAUAAUUGCUGGUAUGUCUAUCAACAUGGGGUACAAGCGAAGGGCCAGAUGUACAAACUCUUAUAUCAUAAAAUAUAGGUUUGCCUUCAGCA